ACGCGGUCCCCCCGCCCGAGCCGCGGCGUCCCCGGUGCGGCCCUCAGCCCCGCUCCCGACCCCACAUCCAGCCGGCCCCAGGAUGGGCGCGCGCGCCUCGGGCGGGCCCCGGGCCCGGGCUGGGCUCCUGCUGCUGCUGCUGCUGCUGCUGCUCGGGCUGCUGGCCCCGGGCGCGCAGGGGGCGCGGGGCCGCGGCGGCAACGAGAAGAACACCUACCGCCGCGCGGUCAACACCUUCUCGCAGAGCGUCAGCAGCCUGUUCGGCGAGGACAACGUGCGCGCCGCUCAGAAGUUCCUGACCAGGCUGACCGAGCGGUUCGUGCUGGGGGUGGACAUGUUUGUCGAAACGUUGUGGAAUUUUUGGACAGACCUCUUGGAUGUUCUUGGACUUGAUGUGUCGAACCUGUCCCAGUACUUCAGCCCGGCCUCGGUGGCCAACAGCCCGGCCCGAGCCCUCCUGCUGGUGGGCGUCGUCCUGCUGGCCUACUGGUUCCUGUCGCUGACCCUGGGCUUGACCUUCAGCCUCCUGCAUGUGGUGUUCGGCCGCUUCUUCUGGGUGGCACGGGUCAUCCUGUUCUCCAUGUCCUGCGUGUACGUGCUGCACAAGUACGAGGGGGAGCCGGAGAACGCCAUACUGCCCCUCUGCUUCGUGGUGGCCAUCUACUUCAUGACCGGGCCCAUGGGCUUCUACUGGCGCAGCGGGCCCAGCGGCCCCAGCGUGGAGGAGAAGCUGGAGCACCUGGAGAACCAGGUCAGACUGCUCAACAUCCGCCUCAACAAGGUUCUGGAGAGUCUGGACCGCGCCAACGGCAAGUGACAAUCAGCCAGCCGGCCGGGUCCCCUCACGCCAGCGCCCUCUCUCAGAAAACAGAAGCGGAGAAGGAAGAAGAGAGCACCCAACCCCAAGCAAUUUCAAUAAACACUCCUGAGCACGGCGGGUGGCGCUCCGUGAGGGUCUUUCCGGCCACGUGUUGACCCCGAGGACACGUUCCCCGAGGGAUGGUGGGAUCGUUUGUGUGGAACUACCCACGAAGUGUCAUUAGUGGGGGAGGGGGGGAAAGAAUAUUUUUUAAACAAAGGAUAUAACCGUAUUAGCUGUACAGGAAGAGUUUAUCUGUGCAUAGAGCAUAAAGUUAAUUUUUUCAAGCACUUCAGUACAUCUUUUGUAAGGUUUUUUAAUAAAGGCGGAUCGAGUCAAGUUGAAUCAGACUUUACACUGAGGGGUAGGAUAUGCUAAUUGGACACUUUCGACGAGAAGCUCCAACACUGGAAUUGGGUUUCCCAGCACGGGGGUUGGUCGGGGCGGGGGGGUCUGUGUGCAUGAUUCUCGCGCUCCAAAACCCUGGGCUUCAUCGGAUGUCAUUUUCGGUUGAUGGCGACUUAGCGGAUGGAUGGUGUCUGUUCUGGGUGUGGGCAGUCGGGGUCCAGGACGAAACGAAACAUCUUUUGGGUCCUAGUGGCCCCGGCCAGGCCCCUGUCAACUCUAUUUCUAAAAGAAAAGAUUAUUCUUUGUGGAAAAUCUGUUUUUUAGUUGUUUUGCUUUGUUUUGUUUCCUUCUGAACUUUGAUGUAUUUUAACCUCCACGUUUUGUAGAGGAAAAUUCAAGGACCAGGCAAAGAAGUGUCUUUGGGGUUUGAUGCUGAGAGCCAUGUGAGUGAGCGCCACAGCUCCCUGCGUCAGGAGUCUGAGUGACGCCCUCAUGUCGCUGUCCGCCUGCUGGACCUCUAGGGGAAGGUAUGGCCUCAAGGGUUGUUGUUUUUUCCCCUGUAGUUUUGGUGGACUCGGGACCAUGAAAGAAGAGCAAAUCGUAGCAGCUGAGAGCAUUUCCAAGUCGAUGGCUGCUUCUAAGGUGUUCUCAGGAGCAAUUAGCGGCAAGAAACACACCUUGGAGAAGAUCCGAAUUAUUUUUCCUAAAAUUUUUAUCAUCCGCGCAUCAGGUGCUUUCUGUCUGAAGUCUGUGAUGCCCUUGCCUUAGGUGGUGCCCCGGGACAGAGAGGAGCAUACUGGGCAGACAGUGGUGGGGGGUCUUGCUGGGGUGCCUUGCGAGGCUGGGUCAGGGGUGCAGGGAAGUGCCCCAGUCUCGCACCCCCCCCAACCCCCCGGUCCUGUUGCUAAGCACCGGGGAACACACAGUGAGGAAGGGAGACUCCAGCUUUGCCAGAAGGCAGUUCUGAAGGCUGCCAAGGGUGGCAACUCCCUCCACGAUCCUUCCCUGCCCAGCUCUGUGCCCCAGGGGGCCCCUCCUGGAGCCCCUGCACGCAGAUUUGCAGAGACCCCUCUCAGAUUGGGCAGAACCACGACCCCACGGUCCACAGAGCAUUCUGGAGAAAACCCAGCUGUGCGCCAACUCUUGUGCGGAAUUCCCGGGAUGUUUUAUUGGGGGUUGCAAAUCUCUAGAAAACAAAAGCAGCUAUUUUUGAGGGUGUUGGUGGAACUUCUCUUUCUAAGGUGCACAUAACAGGACCCAAGCUCAGCUGCAUUCAGUUCAUUUCCUGGAACGCACACCUGUCCCUCUCCGGGUUGUGCUCAGGCAAGCCUUCAUCCGUGGGCAUCUGGAGCCUGUGGUUUUUUUGGAUUGGAGGAGUUUCAGUUUUGCCAUUCCGAUACUUCCAGACAAAUCUAUCAGCACGGUGUCUAAAAAGUAACUCCAGGAAGGCUGUCCUUGCUCUCCUUCCUUUUGUGCAUUUGGCUUCUGCAUACUGGGCGUGCUUAGGUACUGGGUAAAACAUUGGCUUUGCCGACGUUGGCCAGGGGAGAAUUGGCAUUCGGUGCACAAAGCUUUAAAGUCCCCCACUAUCCCAGGUCUGGAUAGAACCUCCACUCCGUUCCCCCUGCCCCCUUCCCACGCGAAGCCGGAAGGACACUGUGCUAAUCUGUGAUCUAGGCAGGAACGCCGUUGGGACCUCCAGCAAAUGCUGGGAGCCUCGCGCCUCUGGGCCCCGGUUCAUUGAGACUAGAAAUUGCUGCGGGGAAAAUGUACCCCUUUGACCCAGUGAGCCAAGACUGAGGCCGGUCUUAGAGUCUGACGCACUCAGAUGAAAGAUGGCUUUAUCUUCAAUGAAAGAACCUAGAGUUAAACAGGUGUAUCACUUUAGGGCAGAAGGUCAAUUUGAAAUUCUGGUAGGAAUCGUGGUUAUUAGAUCUGGAUAACUCUUGCUCUUUGAUGGACAACUCUUGCUCUUUGAUGCCCACGUUUGCUCUUUUGUUCGGGCACGUUCGUACCUCCAGAUAGUUUGGGAUUUUUUUUUUCCCUUUCAUGGAAGCUUGUUAGGGUACUUGGCUAUUCCCAGAGCCCCCCAUCUCUUUCUUUUCCCUCUCUUUUGUACAUGGAAAAAAAAUGUAUUUUUGUACCAUAGCUCAUACCUGGAAGCGAAACCCUUUUUUUAUGUCUCCCAGGGCGUAGAAUAUAUUAGUACACACUUCCUUCCAUGUGACGUAACCAAUCCCGAUGAGAACUACUGUGAAUGGGUGGUCAUGACGACUCCGUUUUCUAGAUCUCUUAAAGUUCAUCAGUGUUUAUUUCCCAGUGCCUCAGUGUCCCGACACACACCAAGAACAGAAAAGAGAAAGGACCAGCUCUCUCUAACUGGCUGGAUUUGUGCGGCAGCUCUGGAGUCGGUGUUGACAAUGAUCUCUUCCUCAGCAUGCUAGACAAGGUGUUUCUGCGGCACUCCAGCCUUCCAUCCAUACAUUCCCCAUAGCGAUCAGGAGUGGGGUCAUCUGCCUUCCGGGGGCUUGGGGCUGUUUCAGCGAUACCCCAUAUCACUUCUGGUAAAAAAGUGAAGCCAUAGAAUUUUUCGGAAGCUGGUCUUGUGCAUCGAUCGUGCCGGGAUCUUUAUUGAUGAAGGUGACGGGGUGACUGGCAAGGGAGGCGAAUACCAUUGAAAGACGGUUUGUCACACAGUUCCCUAAAGCCAAUGGGCACCGCGUGCUGUGAAAGGCCCCCCGAAGCCCGUCAAGUGCAGGGUCAGGAAGCGGAGAGGGGGGUCUGUGCUUGAUGACUGUGGUGGUGGCAGGUGACCAGACUUGAAUGUCCCUUCCUGGGAGCCAAGGGCAAACGUACAGGGUCAGGGUCAGUGUCUGGGGGGAUUAUACUAGGACUUGGCACAGCCCUGAGGGCUGGCUCAGUGGGGAAGAUGCAAACCUAGUCGGCUGCUAGGUCUGUCUCUGGCGUGCAGCCUUAGGGAACGGUGAGGAAUAAGGUCACAUAGCCAGUGCGGCACCGAAAACACAGUGAAUGCAGCCUGUCCCGGUGGCAGUCCCAAGACCCUUCAUUUCUACGCCUCUUGCUGCUUUUUAAGCUGCUCUACCUGACUGACAGCUGAUCACCCCUCCGUGAUGGGGUUUGAAUUGUCUGACUUAACCCAAAAGUCGGCUCAUGUUAGGACUUUCUAAGGCCCUAAGAUGUCAUCUCCCUUCCCCAACUUAAAAAAAAAAAGUAUAUAUAUAUAUGUGUGUGU